AUGGCCGGCAUGAAUGGGGAUCUUAGCCUAUCCCAGUCCUUGGGAGGGCUCCGAAUAGCAAAUCCAGAUGAUUCUCCUUUACAGUCGGAAGAUGCGACCGUUGAUUUGAUGGGAUCUACUUCAUCCGAACAACCGGCCGAUUCGGUAUCAACAUAUCCACAGAUUCCCGCACCAGAAGACCAGCAUUCGGUGGCAUUUCCCCCCGCUCCUACCGAAGUCUCCGUUUCAAGUGAGACCCGACCACCUGCUGUUCACACCUCCCCUGAGGCCUCUCAGCCGCCUCCUACGUCUAAUCCCUACCAACAGCAGCCAUAUUUGACACAACCUCAUUCAACACAGCCGAGCCACUCCCGCCCCCUUUCCUCAGUGUACACAAAUGGUGCCGCACCUCCAGUAGGUCCACUUGAUAACCACUAUCGCAUACGGACCAAUUCGGGUGCAUCUUCAAACUCUCAGUCGCGCGUAGACUCUCGUGCAGCACAGGCGGGCGUUCUGACGCGCGACAACUCUCACAGCGACCGCUCUUACCGAGCAGGUCAACUAUCGGGGAAUGGGUCGGUGGUAAUGCGUCAGUCCUCUAGAGCGCAUGCCCGAGGCGUACCGACGGCUCAGAUGUCUCGAUCUCCAUAUGCUAUGGAAAACGGCCCCGUCUCCAGCAGUGAAGAUUGGCAAGACCGCGGUGCGGCAGUAUCCGUAAGGCAAGAAGUUGAUGCCAAUGGGAAGACUGUAUCUCGCUUUAUUAAGAAGGGAGUCCGUGAUUUCUCCUUUGGAAACACCCUCGGGGAGGGUUCCUACAGUACGGUGGUCUUCGCAACGGACCGGCAAACUUUGAAGGAGUACGCAAUCAAGAUCUUAGACAAGCGACAUAUCAUCAAGGAGAAGAAGGUCAAAUAUGUCAAUAUCGAAAAGGACACAUUGAAUCGCCUGACAGACCACCCGGGCAUCGUGCGGCUCUAUUACACCUUUCAGGAUGAACGCUCACUCUAUUUUGUGCUGGACCUUUGCAAAGGAGGCGAGCUCCUGGGCGUUCUCAAGCGAAUGACCACGUUUGACGAAGAAUGUACUAGGUUUUACAGCGCCCAGAUACUUGAUACGAUUGACUACAUGCAUAGGCGCGGUGUAAUUCACCGAGAUUUGAAGCCGGAAAACGUCUUGCUGGAUCAUCAAAUGCAUGUCAAAAUUACCGAUUUCGGAACAGCCAAGAUUCUGAAGGGUACAACACGACGACCAGACGAGAGUAGUGUUUCCCUUUCAUCACCCCUCGACUCUUCCGAUAUACUCGAGGAGGAGAGAGCAAGUUCAUUUGUUGGCACUGCGGAGUAUGUCAGCCCCGAACUGUUGACGGACAAGAAUGCCUGCAAGGCGAGUGAUUUGUGGGCGUUUGGCUGUAUAAUUUAUCAGCUGCUGGCAGGUCGGCCACCUUUCAAAGCAGGCAACGAGUACCAAACAUUCCAAAAAAUCGUCGCCCUGGACUAUGAAUUCCCAGUCGGGUUCCCCACUGUUGCCCGGGAUCUCGUUGAGCGUCUCCUGGUUCUGGAUCCUACCCGGCGUCUACAAAUUGAGCACAUCAAAAAUCACGAAUUCUUUCAAGGCAUCACCUGGGGAACGGACAUGUGGAAACAGAAAGCACCUCGGCUGAAGGCCUAUGUGCCACCACCCCGUGAACCUAUUAAACUGAAUGGCGGUGAAAGUGGUGAGAGCUUCCCUCCGGCAAUUUCUACAGCGCCCAGUAAUGCGACGACCUCCAAUCAACGCCCCCUUCCUCGCGUGGUUACCGAACUACCCCCACCAAGCCAACUGGACAUCGAAUGGUCCCCUGUAUUGAACAAGGCCAACGAGCGUAUUUUGAAGCUGGGAAACAUGGUGGUGCUGUCAUCGCCGGCAUCUCAUAGCCCAUCAUCGAAGUACGGCAGUGAGCCAGAAGCUCCGAGAAAGUUCUCACGUUUCUUCACGGGCUCAACAACCAAAAAACGAUCAAGGCUAGUCAUGGUCACAUCAACUGCGCGAAUCAUUAUGGCAGCCGCGGGUGGCGACGAGAAAAAGGCCAAACUCGAGAUCUCUCUACUAGCUCCUGGUACACAUUGGCGGAGUACCACAGAUGUUAAGGGACAUUCGUCCUGGAUCGUAGACACGAGAGAUAAACAUUUUGUCUUCGAAGAUCCAAAACCAUCUUCCAACAACAUUGGAGCUACCGCCUUAUCAGCUCAAGAAUGGCUAGAUUCACUAGAUCGUGCUCGAGAGAUGGCUUUGAUGCAACAAAGUGCUGGGACCAUGUCCGCCGAGGAUGCAUUCCGCGACAUGUCCUCAACUGGAUUUUCUAGUCAUUCCAACACACUCGAUCACAAAUCAGAGAGCAACAUCCCCCCACCUUCGCGCAACACAUUGGUAAAACAACAACCCCAAUCGAAUGACACAGAGUCAGUCAAGGGGAGGAAAAGAUUCAGCAGGCGUCAUUCCAAGAAUAGUCUUGCUGCUGUCUUUUAA